ACGCCUAUGGCUGCGGGGUCUCGCGCCGCCGCACGGUCCCCACGAGGCGAGCGACCCUCGGGCCCUGGGCGGCGGCGGCUGCAACGAGGACAAGGAGGGCGGCGCGGAAGCCAGGAAUAGUGUCGUCAGCAGCAACCGCUCAGGCACGGGAGAAAAGGAGGCUGUGGCAGCGACGCCGACGUCCUGCGCGUACCCCCUCUCCGCGGCACCCACCGGGCCCCCCUUCCUCCUCCUCCUCCGCGGCGGCGGCGGCGGCGGCGGCGGCCACGGCCACCAUCUUCCUCCUGCUGCCAGUGGUAGCGCUCGUCUGGCGGAGCUGGGGCUGAAAGACACACAGAAGUCUUCAUGGAUAUAGUUGAUACAUUUAAUCAUUUAAUUCCUACUGAACACUUAGAUGAUGCCCUAUUUCUAGGAUCCAACCUGGAGAAUGAAGUCUGUGAGGAUUUUAGUACAAGUCAAAAUGUCUUAGAGGACUCGCUGAAGAACAUGCUCAGCGAUAAGGAUCCUAUGCUAGGAUCUGCAAGUAACCAGUUCUGUUUGCCUGUUUUGGAUAGCAAUGAUCCCAAUUUCCAGAUGCCUUGUUCAACAGUUGUUGGUCUUGACGAUAUUAUGGAUGAAGGAGUUGUUAAAGAAAGUGGCAAUGAUACCAUUGAUGAAGAAGAACUGAUUUUACCUAACAGGAAUUUGAGGGACAAAGUAGAAGAAAAUUCAGUAAGAUCACCAAGAAAAUCACCUCGUUUAAUGGCACAAGAGCAAGUAAGAAGUUUGCGACAAAGCACUAUUGCCAAGCGUUCAAAUGCAGCACCUUUAAGUAGCACAAAAAAAGCAUCUGGGAAGACUGUAUCUGCCCCUAAAGCAGGGUUAAGACAACCAGAAAGAUGUCAGAUUAAAGAAGAAGUUUGUGCAUUACUGAAACCCGAGUACCAUAAAGAGAGCAGAAGGAGCAGCCGACAUAUUGGACAGAUCGAAGCAGUGCCAGAAGAGUCAGUAUCUUCAGGUCAUUCUUCAGCGUCAUCUUGUCUUGAGAUGAAGGAUGAAGCUGAACUAGGUUCUAAGCAUGAGUGUAAUAAUCAGGGGGAAGCAAAUAUGCCAUCUCAUGAAUUAAGUUGUCCACUUCUUCCAGAGACUUGUGUCAGUAUUGAAGAAAAGAAAAAUGAAGCUCUGAUGGAAUGUAAAAUCAAGACUGUUAGUAGCCCAUUGUUUAAGUUUUCAGAUAAAGAAGAGCAUGAACAAAAUGAUUCCAUUUCAGAUAAAAGGGAUAAGACUGUUGUUGAUGAAAUGAGGGCAAAGGGAAAAAUUGAACAAGAAUCAAAGGGGACAGUAAAACUAUCCAAUGAGGGUGACCAAGUUGUUGAGGAGCCUGGAUCUUCCGCUGUUCUCUCUGGUGAUACUGCUUGUACAAAUGCAAAUAAGACAGAAAAGAACCUUGAAGGUUUGUCUACUUCUGUUGGUGAGGCAACUGAAUGCAAUUUGGAAUUGAAGAAUACCAUGGAAGUUACUGAUACAGCUAAGAACUCUCUUCUAAGAAAUAAAAUAGAACCAUUGGGUUAUUGUAAAGACACAGAGUCUAGUGAUAAGCAGUUGCAGAGUACCGAAUUUAAUAAACCAGACUUAGAGAUUGUUAGUACUACUGAUUUUGAGCCAGAAAGUAAUAUUUUAGAAAGUGCUAUUCGUGAUGCUUCUGAUCAGAAUGCAAACCAGCAUGUUGAAAGUAUUAAAACAGAGCCCCACGAAGCAGCGGACCUUCAGGCUGGUAGAAACAGCCAGUCAAGUAGUGUUUCUUGUUCAGAGACAAAAAGCAUGAAAUCCAAACAUUCGAAACCUGCAAUUCAUCCUAAGCAAAACGUGACCACAGAUACUCCCAAGAAAAUUAUUGCAGCAAAGCACGAAGUACUGCAUAACAAAAACAAGGUUAAUGUUAAAAGUGUGAAACGAAAUGCUGAUGAACCAGAAUCUCAGCAAAAUUUUCAUAGGCCAGUCAAAGUGCGAAAAAAACAAGUCGAUAAAGAUUUAAAGAUCCAGAGUAGUAACUCUGGGGUUAAAUCUGCGAAGAGUCAAACUCAUUUGUUAUUUAAAAAAACAUCACAGGAUCAAAACUUACUACAGAUCUCUAAACCCUUGCCACAUUCUUUGACUGAUAAGCCUCAUGGUUAUCCUGCUUGCUCUAAAGAACCUAAUCCUCCAGCACAAAGUGGACAUUUACUACAUUCCAGCCAGAAGCAGUGCCAUAAGCCCCAGCAGCAGGCCCCCACAAUGAAAACCAAUAGUCAUGUGAAAGAAGAGCUUGAACAUGCAGGUAUAGAGCAUUUUAAGGAGGAGGAUAAACUGAGACUAAAAAAAACUGAGAAGAACCUACAACCCCGCCAAAGAAGAAGCAGCAAAAGUUUUUCUUUAGAUGAGCCACCAUUGUUCAUUCCAGACAACAUAGCUACUGUAAAAAGAGAAGGCUCAGAUCAUAGCUCCUCAUUUGAAAACAAAUAUGUGUGGACUCCCAGCAAGCAGUGUGGUUUUUGCAAAAAACCGCAUGGCAACAGGUUUAUGGUUGGCUGUGGGAGAUGUGACGACUGGUUUCAUGGUGAUUGUGUUGGGUUAAGUCUUUCCCAAGCACAGCAAAUGGGAGAGGAAGACAAAGAAUAUGUGUGUGUGAAAUGUUGUGCUGAAGAAGAUAAAAAGACUGAAAUAUUAGAUCCAGAUAUUUUGGAAAAUCAAGCUAAAGUUGAAAUUCAUAGUGAAGAUAAAACAAUGGAGUGUGAAAAGCUUGGGUUAUCAAAGCACACACCAACAAAUGAAAAAAGCAAGUAUGUAGAUGAUACAGUGAAGCACAAGGUCAAAAUUUUAAAACGGGAAUCUGGUGAAGGUAAAAACUCAUCAGAAUGUAGAGAUAGUGAAAUUAAAAAAUGGCAGCUAGCUCCUGUUCGAAAGAUGGGACAACCAGUUUUACCUCGGAGAUCCUCAGAAGAAAAAAGUGAAAAAAUAACAAAAGAGUCUACUACCAUUAUUUGUACAGGAGAAAAAGCUUCAAAACCAGGUCGUGAGAUUAAAAUAAAUUAUCAUACAGCUGGUACUCAUGAGAAGCAAGAGAUAAAAAAGAAGAAAAUUGAUAAAGGGGGAGUGUCUAAUGUGCAUCCACCUGCUGCUUCUACUUCCAAACCUUCAGCAGAUCAGAUCAGACAAAGUGUCAGACAUUCUCUCAAAGACAUUCUUAUGAAAAGACUCACAGACUCAAAUUUGAAGGUACCAGAAGAAAAGGCUGCAAAAGUUGCCACAAAAAUUGAGAAAGAGCUUUUUUCUUUUUUUCGGGACACAGAUGCUAAAUAUAAGAACAAAUAUAGAAGUUUGAUGUUUAAUCUGAAAGAUCCUAAAAACAGUAUAUUAUUUAAAAAAGUACUGAAAGGAGAAGUAACUCCUGAUCAUCUUAUAAGAAUGAGUCCAGAAGAACUAGCUUCUAAAGAGUUAGCUGCUUGGAGACGAAGAGAAAACAGACAUACCAUAGAGAUGAUUGAGAAAGAGCAGAGAGAAGUUGAAAGACGACCAAUAACAAAAAUAACUCAUAAAGGUGAAAUAGAAAUUGAGAGUGAUGCCCCAAUGAAAGAACAGGAAGCUGCCAUGGAGAUCCAGGAACCUGCAGCUAAUAAGUCAUUGGAGAAGACAGAAGAAUCAGAAAAACAAAAAGAGGAGAUUGAUUCAAUGUCUAAAGAUACCACUAGUCAACACAGACAGCAUCUUUUUGAUCUUAACUGUAAAAUUUGCAUAGGUCGAAUGGCACCACCUGUAGAUGAUCUUUCUCCAAAAAAGGUGAAAGUUGUUGUUGGAGUAUCUCGUAAACAUUCAGACAAUGAAGCAGAAAGUAUAGCAGAUGCAUUGUCUUCAACCUCAAAUAUUUUGGCUUCUGAAUUCUUUGAAGAUGAGAAGCAAGAGUCUCCCAAGUCAACAUUUUCUCCUGCUCCACGUCCUGAGAUGCCCGGAACUGUUGAGGUUGAGUCUACUUUCCUGGCUCGUUUGAACUUCAUCUGGAAAGGUUUUAUCAACAUGCCUUCUGUGGCAAAAUUUGUUACCAAAGCCUACCCGGUGUCAGGCUCCCCUGAGUACUUGACAGAGGAUCUACCAGAUAGUAUUCAAGUAGGUGGCAGGAUAUCACCUCAGACAGUUUGGGAUUAUGUGGAAAAAAUAAAAGCAUCAGGAACCAAGGAAAUUUGUGUGGUUCGCUUCACACCAGUAACUGAAGAAGAUCAAAUUUCUUAUACCUUGCUGUUUGCAUACUUCAGUAGCAGAAAGCGCUAUGGAGUAGCUGCUAACAACAUGAAGCAGGUUAAGGAUAUGUACCUUAUUCCUUUGGGUGCCACAGACAAAAUUCCACACCCUCUUGUGCCUUUUGAUGGACCUGGACUUGAACUGCAUAGACCUAAUCUACUCUUGGGCUUGAUUAUUCGUCAGAAACUGAAGCGACAGCAUAGUGCUAGUGCUAGUGCUAGCACAGGUCAUACAGCUGAGGCUCCUGAAAGUGUACCAAUGGCAUUGCCUCCUGAUAAAAAAAGUAAAAUAGAAGUUUCUACAGAGGAAGCACCAGAGGAAGAAAAUGACUUUUUUAAUUCUUUUACAACUGUAUUACACAAGCAGAGAAAUAAGCCUCAGCCCACUCUUCAGGAAGACCUUCCAACAGCAAUUGAACCUUUAGUGGAAGUCACCAAACAGGAGCCACCAAAACCUCUAAGAUUUCUUCCUGGGGUAUUGAUUGGCUGGGAAAAUCAGGCUUCUACUCUGGAGUUAGCAAAUAAACCUCUUCCUGUGGAUGAUAUACUUCAAAGCCUCUUGGGUUCUACUGGUCAAGUAUAUGAACAGGCUCAGCCAGCCGUAGAACAAAAUACUGUUAAAGAAAUUCCCUUUAUAAGUGAACAAACUAACCCAAAAGCAGAAAAAAUAGAUAAAGUAGAAGAAGUAGCUGGUGGUGAAGCCAAGGAGGUAAAAGUUAAAGUAGAUAAUCAUUCAGAAGCUACAGGUAAUUCAGUAGUAGUAGAAGAAGAAGUAUCAGUACCGGUGUCCUCUUCCGUCUCUCCAGGACCUUUAACGAAUCUUAGUCUCAGAGGUAAACCACCAGAUAUUUCUACAGAAGCAUUCUUAACAAAUUUAUCGAUUCAGUCAAAACAAGAGGAAACUGUGGACAGUAAAGAGAGGACAUUAAAAAGACAGCUACUGCAAGAUCAAGAGAGUAAUUCACAAGAUAACCGGACUUCAAAUACUGGUUCUCCAGGCAGGUCUAAUGUAGGAAAAGGAAACAUAGAUGGUAGUGUGAGCUGCAGUGACAACCUUGUUGCUAAUACGACAAGGUCCCCGCAGUUUAUCAACCUGAAAAGGGAUCCCAGGCAAGCAGCAGGACGAAGUCAGCAGAUAAGUACGUCAGAAAGCAAAGAUGGAGAUAGUUGCCGAAAUGGAGAAAAACACGCCCUGCCUGGCCUGUCGCACAACAAGGAGCACUUAACAGAGCAAACCAGUGUAGACGAAAAGUCGUCUGCUCUAGAGAAAAACUCAUGUGUUCAGCAGAGUGAUAAUUCAAGUGUUCCACAAAACUCGGCUCCAGUAGAAAACAUACACACUUCUCAAACAGAACAAGCAAAACCUUUACAGGAGGAUAUUUUAAUGCAAAAUAUUGAAACUGUGCACCUGUUGCGAAGAGGAUCGGCAGCAGCACCAUCUCAUUUUGAAGGUGGAAACACAUGUCAACCAGAAUUUCCUUCUAAAAGCAUCAACUUUACCUCUAGAAGCACCAGCCCCAGAACAAAUGCAAACUUUUCACCUGUGAGACCGCAGCAGCCCAACCUUCAGCAUCUCAAGUCUAGCCCCCCUGCAUUUCCAUUUCCAGGACCUCCAAAUUUUCCCCCACAGAACAUGUUUGGAUUUCCACCACAUUUACCACCCCCAUUACUUCCUCCCCCAGGCUUUGGCUUUCCUCAGAAUCCCAUGGUUCCCUGGCCACCUGUUGUUCAUCUGGCAGGCCAGCCACAACGUAUGUUGGGCCCCCUUUCACAAGCUUCCAGGUUUAUAGGCCCACAGAGUUUCUACCAGGUUAAAGACAUUCGGAGACCAGAAAGACGUCAUAGUGACCCUUGGGGUAGGCAAGACCAACAGCAGCUGGAUAGGGCAUUUAAUAGGGGCAAAGGGGACCGCCAGAGAUUUUAUAGUGAUUCACACCACUUGAAAAGAGAGCGACACGAAAAGGAAUGGGAGCAAGAAUCUGAAAGGCAUAGACGCAGAGACAGAAACCAAGACAAGGACAGAGACAGAAAAAGCAAGGAGGAAGGGCACAAAGAUAAAGAGAGGGCACGGUUAUCACAUGGUGAUCGAGGAGCAGAUGGAAAAGCCAGCAGAGAUGGUAGGAAUGUAGACAAGAAGCCAGAUAAACCUAAAAGUGAAGACCAUGAAAAGGACAAAGAACGAGAGAAAAGUAAACAUAGAGAAGGUGAAAAGGACAGGGAUAGGUACCACAAAGAUAGGGACCACAUUGACAGAGCUAAAAGCAAAAGGUAAAAUUUGCAGGCUGUUUCAAAAUUACAUUUAAAUAACUAUUAAAAGUUGUAUUGUAAAAACUUUGUAAAAUUGCCUGCUAGGAUUGUGCCAUCUUUUAAAUUUUUAAUCUCGGUGGUUUGCAGAACAAUAAAUUGUGUGUUGGUGCAGAGCGUCUGUACCACUGCUCAUCGUCCCUUCUUCAUACCAACUGUCUCUAGUUGUAGGAAGUUAAUAUUUUUAAAAGUUUUACAUUGCUGUAUAUUCAAAGAUUUGUUUAAUUAAUAUGCAAUAAAGGCUUAGAAAUUUUAGUUUUAUUCUGUAAUUGAGAAAUAUGGUUAACUAUGGAAUAUAUUUACUGCCUCUAGUGAAUGUCCUUUAUAUAAUGACUAAUUUGAGAGUAGUGUGUGCUCUGUAAGGUUGUUUUAAAUUGCACUGUUUUUAAAAAAAAAAAAAAUCUCUAGGGGAACUACAAAAGCCAAGUAACUUCAUAAUCAGAUUAUACUAAUCAUUUAGUUGAGCAGUUUUGACCAAGAAUCAGAAGUCCAAGAAGUACAUUUAUUGCUUUAAUCUGCACUCAUUGAAGGCAUUUUAUUACCAUAUACUACAGCUUUGUAGUGGGCCAUUAUUUUCCUUUCCAUUUUGGCUCUUCAGAAACUUGAAUACUUAAGCUUGUACAUGAUCUUGUGUUUUGCUAUCCUUUUUACUGUAAAAUGUAAAUAUUUUAAGGGAUAUUUUGAUUCUGAAUAUGAUAAAAGACUUUCUCACCUAUUUUGUGUGUGUGAUUUAAAAUUCAGUAGUAAAAGAGUUUCUUCUUCAAAGCUUUAGUUCCUUCAACCAUUGUUCUUAUCUAACUCAGCCGACUAUAUAUAUAGCUGUUAAUGUCAGGCACUAGAUGAGGAGAAAAACACUUUUUAAAAAUCUUAGAUUUUAGUCCAUUAAAGUAAGUAGAGAACUACCAGUAAAAAAAACUGUGCAGCUAUAGCCCACUCUAUAGGCAUGUUUCUGAAAAUUCGUACAUCAUCAAAUUUUGGUACAUUAACCCACUAAUCAUUGUGAGACCACAGAACUUUUAAGAGAAAUGUGAAUCUUUUUGUAAAAUGUGUAAUUAACCCUAAUUUGUUUUUAGGGUAACUGUAUAGUUCCAUAUGCCAGGUUUGUUUAAAACAGAAAAAGCACAUGGAUGCUAUCACUAAUCCAAAUCUAAUUUUAUUUACGCCCUAAAGUAAUACAUAUGUAUUGAUUGCUGUCAUUUAAAGCUAUAGCUACCAAAUGAUGCUGAUACUUGAUACCAAAAAAAAAAAGAAAAACUGAUAUUUUUACUUACCUAUACUAAUGAAGAAAAAUAUAAA